CCAAGUUUUCCUUACUUGAAUAGGAUAAUAUGAGAAUUGAAGCAUAUUUCGCGUUAGCUUUCUUAGUAACCGCAUCUAUUGCUCAACAAUGGGGAACCAACCCAGAAAAUAGUAGAGCCCUUAGGUUUAAUUAUACGCUUACUCCCCUUGAUGAGUAUAUUCUAAGAUACGAUCCAAACUACUCUUAUGACUUGGUCAGAACCUACACUAAGGAAGAUCAUGUAGUUUACGUACUAAAUAUGACGUCACAAGUUUGUAUUAUUGAUUUUAGUCGUCUAUUUAACUUAAAAAUUGGAAUUAUAAAUUAUUUAUAUUGGCAGAUGUGGAGAAAUGAAACCGAUUCUGAUCAUCCUGUAUGGUGGCAUUGGCUGGCCGUUGCUGUCCCUAAUGAUUUGAAGCACGGUAGCGAUGGUUUCAUAUAUAUUGGAUCAGGAAACAAUAGAAAUCCAGAUGCACCUCCAAAUGCCGAUAGUCGAAAUAUUAGAAGAGCAGGACAACUCUGCGUUCAAGUCGGUGCUGUUGCUGCCUACCUAUGGCAAAUUCCGAAUCAACCUAUCCGCCUAAGAGAAGAUGAUGAUGAUACUCAAGAUGGUAGAGUUGAAGACUCUCUAAUCGCUCUUACAUGGAGGUUAUACUUGGAAGAUCCAACAUCAAAAGAUAUUCUUUUAAGAUUGCCAAUGACAAAAGCAGUUGUGAAGGCUAUGGACACAAUUGAAGAUUUUAUAAGAGGUCAGAAUGGAAAUACUGUAAAUAGAUUUAUGCUUUCGGGAGCUAGUAAGAGAGGCUGGACCACUUGGACUACUGCUGCUUUUGAUGUAAGAGUCAAGGCUAUGGCUCCUACUGUACUUACGAUUCUAAACAUGUACAAGAAUCUUAAGAAUCACUAUAGAUCUUUGGGAGGUUGGACCUUUGUAUUUGGUGAUUAUUGGAGUGAAGAGUUAACUACUAAAAUGGAAACUCAAGAAUUUGUUAUGCUUAGAGAUAUAGUUGAUCCUUAUUCGUAUAGAGAACGUUUUACAAUGCCUACAUUAGUUGUUGCUGGAUCCAGUGACGAAUUCUUUUUACCUGACGAAUCAAGACUCUUUUUUAACGAUUUACCAGCAGAUGCAAAAUACAUGUGGCUAGUUGAGAAUGCAGGUCAUUCUAUUACUUCAAGUCCGUCUGGAGAAUUAUAUUGGGUCAAUUUGGGACAUUUUUGGAAAGCAGAAAUUGUUAAUUACGUUUACCCAAAAUUGACAAAUGAGUUAACAAAUGAUAAUAAAACUGCAACUAUUACCAUAACCACAUCAAGACCCCCAUUGAAUGUUGCUGCAUGGUAUGCUUAUUCAUUAGACAAUGGAGCUAGAGAUUUCCGUCUGAGAACACUUUCCAUCCCUAUUGAAAGUGGUAUAAAAUGGCACAGCGAACCUGUUACCGCUAUUUCUCCAGUUAAAUAUACAAAAGAAUUUUCAGCACCAACUAAUGGAACAUGGCUAGCUUUCUUCCUUAGAGUUGAAUUCCUUCAACCAGAUAAUCAAAAAUUGGUUGUUACUUCUGAAGCAAACGUCGUACCAGAUACCUACGUUCUACCAGAAUGUUUCGGAGAAGAUUGCCUAGGAUUUUUGGUCUAAGAUUUAUACUUUAAAAAAUAUUUCUAAACGAUAAUAAGCAUAUUUAUACAAAUAUAUUAAUAUAUUCAUGAA